UCAGUAUAUACGAUCUUUGGUGGCACUUUUUGCUCUGACGCGGCUCUGUGGCUGGUUGACUGUCAAGGAGGGUUCGCAUCUUCUCCAGCUGGAUAAAAUGUCUUCGUAGCAGACAGAUUGAGAAGUCCUUGAAGUCAUUUUCUAACAUGGACGGCACACCUGAGCCUGUUUGAACCAGUUUUACUUUGUCUUAUUUUCACCCCGCUCUCUAACUGGAUGACGGGAGAUGAGACUCUGCAGCCUGAGACCACAUCAUGAGUAUCCAGAGCCUGGGAGGAGCUAUCGGGGAAUCCCUGGGCUCUAGCCUGACCGUGCGUAUGAGCGGAGCAGGGGGCGGGUGGAGCGCUCUAUCACUGAAGCCUGUUUCUUCUGGGCGAAUCUCCUCUCUUUUCCACACCAUGGUGCCCACCGGAUACACCAAACUGCAGGAGGAGCGGCUGGCGAUGGUGGACCUGGGAGCUAAACCUGAAAGUAGCCCGCUCCAAAACGGCUACAGACAAGAGACGCCGCACAUAGAAGGCCGGCGGCUGUUGGACCGGGCCUCUCGAUCAUCUUUGUCUUUAUCUGACUGUGGAGAUGGAGGUUAUUCAGAGACAGAGCCCAUGCUGGCAGAGAGGAGGAUGUCAGGCGAUGAGGCGGAUGUUGAAGAAGAGGAGGAGGGGGAGGAGGAAGGGCAGGGGACUAAUGCACAGAAUAUGCCCAAGGAGUCGCCGCUGGCCAUGGCGCUGCAGAUCUUGGUGCCUUUCCUUCUCGCUGGAUUUGGAACUGUUUCAGCUGGAAUGGUGCUGGAUAUUGUGCAGCACUGGGAGGCGUUCCAGUACAUCACGGAGAUCUUCAUCCUGGUUCCUGCUCUGCUCGGCCUCAAGGGAAACCUGGAGAUGACGCUGGCUUCGAGGCUGUCGACUGCUGUAAAUGUGGGCAAGAUGGACUCUCCCAUUGAGAAGUGGAAUCUAAUCAUAGGCAACCUGGCACUGAAGCAGGUCCAAGCCACUGUUGUGGGUUUCUUGGCUGCCGUGGCGGCCGUGGUUCUCGGCUGGAUCCCAGAGGGGAAGUUCCAGAUGAGCCACGCUGUGCUGCUCUGCUCCAGCAGCGUGGCCACGGCCUUCAUCGCCUCCCUGCUGCAGGGUAUCAUCAUGGUUGGUGUGAUUGUGGGUUCCAAGAAGACGGGCAUCAACCCAGACAAUGUAGCCACACCCAUUGCCGCCAGUUUUGGUGACCUCAUAACCUUGGCCAUCCUGGCCUGGAUAAGCCAGGGCCUCUACAAGUGCCUGGAUUCCUACCCGUACGUGUCGUCGCUGGUCUGUGCUUUCUUCAUGUGUCUGACUCCUCUGUGGAUCGUCAUCUCCUCCAAACACCCAGCCAGCCGCACCCUGCUGUACUCCGGAUGGGAGCCAGUCAUCACCGCCAUGGUCAUCAGCAGCAUCGGCGGGCUCAUCCUGGACAAAACGCAGUCGAACACAAAUCUGGCUGGCAUCGUCGUCUACACCCCAGUUAUCAACGGAAUUGGGGGUAAUUUGGUAGCUAUCCAGUCCAGCAGGAUCUCCACUCACCUGCAUUUCCACUGUGCUCCUGGAGAAGUUCCUGACGAGGCCAAAGGCUGCUACUACCCGUGCCGCACGUUCUUCGGUACAGGAGCCAAUCAUCGCUCUGCCCAGGUGCUCUUCCUCUUAGUGAUCCCGGGUCACCUGAUCUUCCUUUACACCAUCCACCUGAUGAAGAGUGGACACACCACCCUGACACCCAUCUUUAUGUCUGUCUACCUGGCUGCUGCUAUGCUGCAGGUGUUGCUGCUGUUGUGUAUCGCAGACUGGAUGGUUCACUCCAUGUGGCGGAGUGGCAAAGACCCGGACAGUUUCUCCAUUCCUUACCUGACUGCUCUGGGUGACCUGUUAGGCACCGCCCUGCUGGCGCUCAGUUUCCACUUCCUUUGGGUCAUAGGAGACCAGGACAGCGACGUGGGCGACUGAACACAAAGGCGUCUGUGGUGGAGGGAACGCCGCUGCUUGCCAUCCGGCUUCUCACGCCCUGAAGCAUUGUGGGGAAUGUGGGUGCUCUCUGUCGCUGGCCAGCACAUUCCUCUGCUUCAUUUCACUCAAACCACAGGAUGGUUUAAAAACUAUUUUCUGCUCCUGGCUUUUUUUUACUCACAUUAUACUCCAUAAAUUCAGACUGUUCUCAGAUUCUGAUCUGCAUAGUUUGCACCAAAGCACUUCGUAGUCAAACGCUGCUCCUGCUGAGGGGGGCAGCUGAGGGAACCUUGAUGCUGUUUGCAAGGUGGUCUACUAUGGUCGGAGGUCUUCUACUCAAAAUAAGAUAUCCUUGGGAGGCAGAUAUUUUGGGGAUUUACCACCCCACAUAUCACAGAGUUUGUUACCAGUCUUAUGUAUUUCUGUUUUGUAUUAGUGAGUCUAACCAGAAGGUUGAAAGGUGGUGGCAAAAAAUAAAACUCAACUCUUAAAUCACAUGUUGAACUGCCAUGUUAACAUCUCAGAGUUUAAAGGGAAUGACUUUCAUUUGUAUUAAUGGUACGAGAAGUCAAUAAUUCAUUCUGUGUUUACUUGUUUUUUAAGUUUUUUAAGUGUCCAAACUUAGAUUUCAGUAUUUCUUUCCUCUGCAAUGAUAAGGCUGGACCAUCCCGGCUUAGUUUAAACAACGGUGCAUGGAUGUUAGCUUGUUUUGUGUGUCUGUUUCCUUUAACACGUUGAAAAGUUUUUCAUUUCCUUUACCUAACCAGCAUUCUGUCACAAUUUCAGACCAGGGUUUUCCAACCCAAACAUUUGGUGCAAUCUAGUUUAUUUCAUUAUUUAACCCAGUGAAAGCAGAUAAAUUGAGGCAGAGAUGCCCCAGUCAUGUUUUUUUGCUGCUGAUUCCGAUCAUCUAUAGGUGAGAUCAGCCAUAACCGAUCACAUUUAGUGUUUUGAUAUAGCGGUCAGUCUACUUUGCUUUGUAAUGUACAGGGGCCUCCUACAGGUGGCAGCAUAGCCUGAUUAAAGGAGCACAAAGAACAUUCAUAUUCAUUCAACAUUCUUUACUUCCUCUUUUUAACAGAGCAGUACAAAAAACUCCCAAGGAGCAAUGCAACAAGUAUCCUACAGUAAGGACAACUGGAUUACACACAUAUACACGUAUUUUCAAGUAAAAUAAGCUGAUAAUGAUCAGUAUUGUAUCAAUCAGGGCAUCUCUAAAUCAAAGUAGUUGAAUUUCAAACCCCACCAGGUUUUGGCCCAGUUGUAGCACACUGACUGUUCACUAAACCCAAUGCUGUGACUGUUUUAUGGAGGGUUGUCAUGAUAUUAAGAUUAUAAACUUCAAUUUGAUACGACUAAAAAUAAAAAAGAAAUGGAAACUUGUUUUGAUACUACAGCUACAGAAAUAUACCUUGAAGAAGCAUGCCUUUUCCAUCCAUGUCAGGGCCAAGGAAGUGUACCAUGAUUGAGCCCAGUAAGGAGCACUCACACUGGUCAAACAAACUGGACUUUGGGGUUCAAACAUGCUUCAGCACAGUAUGACUGCUUAGUGUGUGUGCCACUAUUUCUUUUGACUUUGUGAGAAACGAAUCACAUCGAAAAUACUAAAUCGAUAAGCAGGAAUGCACAGUAUUAUCGGCAUGAUAUCCCUAUUUGCAGACAUCAGUUCAGAAACUUUAGCAUCAUGACGCUAACCAACAGGACAGGAGGGAUUGAACUGUGGCUGCUUUGAGAGAGACAAAGUCACAGUCCGCUUCUUUUAAUUGUCCAGGACUAAAGGCAAGUGAAAUAUGGAUUAAAACACACCUUCAACAGUUAAAAUGUCCUACUGCGCCUUGACCAGGUGACUCCAGCAAUUACCUUUAUUAGCAAUUAGUCUGAACUAUAGAUAUUGGUAUCGACUAAAAAGUAUUUUUAAAUAUCGGCAUAUUGGUUGUCGACAGGAAUCCAAUAUCCCUUCAAAAAAGUAAAAAGCAAUCAAAUUCAUGUGACUAAAUGUAGCUUCAUGAGCCAGCUCAUGACUCCUCAGCUGCAUUUUUCCUCUCAUAGUUGAAAAAUCAACUUGAAAAAUGAAAGAAAAAAACAACAACAAAAAAAACACCACUGUAAAAAUAACUAAUAUAUUCCAAAGUGAAUAGAAGCAGCAGCAGGGUUUAGUGAAUUCUAUUGCAUCAGAUCAACCAAACCACAGACAUUUACUUGAUUUUUUAUCACUGUAGCUAAUUCUCUUUUCAGUUGUAGCCUUUUUUUAUCUUCUGACAGCACUUCAGCUGACACUCAUGCAAACUAAGCGUAUGUUUUCCAUUUCUUCAUUCCCUCUUUUUGUUUCUUUAUUUGUUGUCUUCAGUGGGAGGUUGGCUGUGUGGGAUGUUUGCACGUUAAUCACAGUGCAUGCCUGCGUAUUAUUUACACACUUGCACACAAUUAAUUGGGAGUGUUCAUUUCCCCACCGUGCAAUUGUCUGCUCCUGUCAGGCUAAUAUCAUCAUCAGUGAACACGGAUUAAUAGAUCGAUCCACUUUAAGCACCCCGGUUAAUAAAUGAACCCCUCUGACUCUGGGGGGAAAUCAUCUCACUUAGAAUUAAAAUAAAACCUUCUUAAUCUGAUAAUUCAGCAUCAUGUCGUGUGCUUGUGAAUGCAGCCUGUGGCUCUCUAAAACUCCGAUAUGUGCCUCUUGAGAUUGUUAACAAGGUAUUCUUCUCUCUAAUGCCAUGAAUGCAACUUUUCUCUCCACAGCAUUGUAUGUAAUACUGUGCAAUGAUUUCUUUUGUACUCACUCUCUCUUCUAUGAUGACUAUUAUUGUAUUUUUGAAGAGUUUCAUCCAAAAGAGAGAUAUCCACUGUUUUAAUGACGGCCUGAGCUGUCAGAAUGAGGAGGACUCAAAGUGGAUACACUUCAUCUUGGUUUGAUUCUCUUUAUUUGAUUUUCCGGCUCAUUUGGGCCAUAAACAUCUAAAUAAAUGUCUUUUCUUUUUGA